AUGGAAACUCAAUAAGUUAACUCUUAAAUUUCUGCCUUCGGUCUCAGAUUGUUCAAGGAACUCCCUACUAAUUCUAACUUAAUUUUCUCUCCUGCCUCCAUUUACUUAGCUCUUGCUAUGGCUGGCUUAGGCUCUAACAGCUAAACUCUCUAAGAAUUCAAGGAUGUUCUUGGUUUUGAAAACCCUCAAUAGUUCGCUAAAGAAGUCAGCAACGCUACUUAGCUCUUACUUACUAAGUCUGAAGGCAUUUAAACUAGAAUUGCUAACAAGAUUUACUCUGGACUUCCCAACUUAAAGGCUGAAUACUAAACCAUGAUGAAGGAGAGCUUUAACUCACCUGUUGAAUAAGUUAACUUCAAGACUGAAUACGAAUAAGUUCGUUUAACAAUUAAUAAGUGGGUUGAAGAAGUUACUAAUGAUAAAAUCAAGGAUUUACUCCAAUCUGGUACUCUCACUCCCUCAACAGUCAUGGUCUUAGUCAAUGCCAUCUACUUUAAGGGUAACUGGGAUGAAUAAUUCCCCAAGCACAAUACUUAUAAGAGCGAAUUCAACGUUUCUGCUAACUCUACCGUCUAAGUAGACUAUAUGUCUAUUGAAAAGAAAUAUCCUUAUUUCGAAAAUGACUCUUGCUAAUACGUUUAAAUUCCUUACAAAGGUAAAGAAUAUAUGAUGGAAGUUAUUUUACCUAAGGAAAGUGUUGCUUUAAGCUAGGUUGAAGGUGAUUUCAGUCAAUAAGUUCUUCAUGACUUAAGAUAAAAUGCUCAUGAAACAAAGAUUAACCUUGGUUUACCCAAAUUCAAGAUUGAAGAUCCUUCAGCUAAUAGCUUGAAGUUCAUCUUAUCCAAGCUUGGAUUAAAGAAAUGUUUCUAAGGUGAUGCUGAUUUCUCUGGUAUGGAUGAAUCUAAAGAAAUCUUUAUUGAUGACGUUGUUCACAAAGCUAUGAUUGAAGUUAACGAAGAAGGAGCUGAAGCUGCUGCUGCCACCGCUAUCUUAAUGAGAUGCUUGAUGAUGGAAUUCAAUCCUGAAGUAAGAUGCACAAGACCUUUCCUCUACACCAUCUCCCACAAGCCUACUGGCUCUAUUCUCUUUAUGGGAAGAGUCAACAACCCUGCUGAAAGCAAGUGA